UGCAUCUAAUCACACUGAUUAACAGGGUGCACAUCGCCGGACCCCGGCCAAUCAUCCGGGACGAGAACGUGCAGUAUGCACCUCAACAGGGUCGCUGAUUGGUCACUCAAGACUUAGCUCCAUCAGCCUUAGCCAUUAUGUUUCAUGGUCGUUCCCCGCUCGCUCUCUCUCCGACAACUUAACCUCACUUGAAGUAUCAAGAAGUCGAGAGUCUCAUCGCUACUCUAGCAAACACCAGAGAAAAGCUUCGCCCCGCGUAACUUGGCAGCUGCCGAGAUGAAAGCGCAAUGCGACUGUUGAGCACCAUCAAGUUCCGCACCGUCGAGUUUCAUGGAGGCGAUGUGCCUCCGUAUGCAAUCCUGUCGCACUGUUGGGGGCAAGGUGAAAUUCUGCUCGAAGACAUCCAGAGUCUCGCCUCGCUUGACUGCGGCUGGGACUUGCUUCAUGUCGGCGAGUCUAGCUUUUUCAAUGCGACCCCGUCGCCGCCAUCAUCACCACUGUCACCCUUUUCUUCAUUCUCGCUACCCAACAAACAGAGGUUCAAAAAGCUGAUGGGAAGCACCGCAAGCCGCCACGAUGAAUCCUCUACCGAGGCGCUCAUGUCGUCGAUUCGAGCGAAGAAGGGCUACGACAAGCUGCGGAAAAGCGUUCGUCUGGCUCGUACCAGCGGCUUCCAGUACAUCUGGGUCGAUACGUGCUGCAUCGACAAGACCAGCAGCGCCGAGCUCUCUGAGGCCAUCAACUCCAUGUACCGUUGGUAUCAAAACGCUGUCGUGUGCUAUGCCUACCUUGCCGAUGCAUACCCAGCCCGCACCGAAAGAAUCGCCGCUCAAGGUUCUACCUUUCGCCGGAGCCGCUGGUUCACUCGAGGCUGGACACUGCAAGAGCUUAUCGCGCCAAAACGGGUCGACUUUCUAGCCAGCAACUGGAGCUACCUGGGGAGCAAGACCGACAGUGAAUUCCUCGACCUCCUCAGCGACAUCACCCAGAUCAGGCAGGACGUCUUGACCCAUGAAGUGCCGCUCAGCCAGAUCAGUGUUGCCAGUCGGAUGUGCUGGGCAGCCAAUCGCUCGACAACGCGUAUCGAGGACAUUGCUUACUCCCUGCUUGGUAUUUUCGACGUCAACAUGCCGUUGUUGUACGGGGAGGGUACGAAUGCCUUCAUCCGGCUCCAAGAGGCCGUCCUGGUCAAGCAUGACGACCAAUCUCUGUUCGCCUGGAAGCAGGACGACGUGGCUAAUGACGCAGACGAAGUCAUCGGCUAUGACCCUGCCAGCCGACUUUCGGGACUCCUCGCCGAUUCGCCUGCGAGAUUUGAUGGCGUCGGAAAUCUCGAAAUCUCGCUGAGGCUAACCUUUGCAGGGUCGCCCUCAGCUGUGACGAGCAAGGGCGUGCAGGUCGAUCUUUUCUUGCACCCGUGCAUAGACAUCAAAGGUGCUGAUAUGUUUGCUGUCCUCAGCUGUGAGCAGUUUAUAGCAAGCACGGGACAGCGGAGGGCACCCAUCAUCUAUCUCAAACGACUCUGGGGCAUCGGCGACCAGUUCGCCAGAGUCCGGACGGAUCUGCUGACGGAUAUCGAUUUGGGCACCCUUGGUCUGGAUUCGGGGUCCUAUCAAUCCGUCUUCGUCAAACAAGAUCCCGGCACGGAUCUCUGCCUCGUCAAGAUCACGCUUGCAACAGGCAGGCAAGACCAAGCGCCCCCUCCCAACAUUGCCACGUAUGGGGAAUCUCUGCCGUUGGCAUUGCAAGGCACGUAUCCAGAAGGCCACGACAGCGACACGGGAUCGCUUGAGAUUUCAGACUUCAAGCUGGGUCAUCCUGCCGCCAUCUUUGAAGUGUCCAUGCUCGGUGGCGGCUUCAAGGACACUGUAUAUGUCGCUGUGGGGCUACAAGUCAGAAACAAAAGGUCAAUUCGAAGUUGGUGCGAGAUCAUUACUCUCGAUCGGCAAGGAGUUGAAUGGCGGACGGGGCAGACAUAUCUCGAAGCCGUCUUUCGUUACAAAACAAAACAGUCCAUGUCUCAAUCCACCUCGCAUGGGGAGAUUUCAGUGGCAGAGAGCCAAAAGACAAACGCGAUGGUAUGCGCUACGGUAACGGAGCGGAACCGUGGACGAAACCUUGAAAUCCUCCUUCACGUCUUGCUGGACAGCUCAGUACUCAAACACCAAUCAGCGCCACUGAUGCGGCCAUUGGCGUUCAUUUUGGAGACCGGAUACAGCGACUUGGAAGUCGUGCCUCCCGAGCAACUCACAGCCGUAACCCCCACGGCUGUUGUUCAAUCCUCUCAACAAUUGUUUCCAAGCCGAUGGCAGCAAGAAGUCGAGGAUUUGCUCGCCGACUUCAGCGUGACUGACUCGCUCGAAUUGAGUGUCUUCCAGACAGAGGGUCUUCGCAGACGGAUAAGAAUAUCGUCGAUACGGGACCUUUUUGGGCAAGGGACGUCAAUCUCUCUCUUUCUGAAGUACUGCAGAGGCAUCCUACCUUCCCUGGACGAUACUUCUCGGAAGGUGGCUCAGGUAAUUGGAACAAACGAUUUGGCAGUUACUCUUGCCUACCUACGCGGUGAGAGAAAGACGGAAGAAAAGCCAGAUGAAAUUCUGAAGUUUCGCCCAAUCCAUUGGGCGAUCGUCGAAGAAAACCUUCCGGCAUUGCGCUAUCUGUUGCUUUAUGGCGCCGACCCUCUGGGUUCUUCAAGCACACGGUUAACAACGCUCCACCUGGCGGCCUUGGCUGGGAAGGUUGAGGCGUUGCAAGUUCUCCAACCGCUGCUGGACAGAAAGUUUCGUUCAGAAGAUAACCCCGAAGUUGAAAUUGACGCGUACCUUGAACCAACAAUCAGUCUGAACGAGUACCCCCUUCAUUUUGCCGCGGCUUACGCGACCGAUGAAGGCUUCUGGACGCCAUCCAACUUUUCCAUCCUCACCCCCCGGAUGCGGGACCCAUUCACGGAAAACUCUCUGGGCGAAACCCCCUUGCACAGAGCAGCAGCUAUGGGUAAUUUGGCCGCCGUCGGCAACUUGCUCGCACACAGUCAGACAGAUCAAGCCAAGAUCAAUCACCCCGACGUACUUGGACGUACAGCUCUGUGGCACGCAGUAUGCAAUGGCGAGGCCUCGUUGAAGAUCGUUGAGACACUUUUACGGAGUGGCGCCGACCCCAAUAUUGCCGACGACAACGGCCUCACUCCUGUUCACGUAGCUUGCCGGUUUGGAAAUGCUGCAGCCCUGAGGUUGAUGGAGGUUACACGGGCUGAAACAAAACUGCAUCUGCCGGCAGGCAGUACAAAUCUCUUGCCGUCCCAGAUCGCUUCUAUAUUUGGGCACGUAUCCUGCCUCGCGCUCUUGCUGAACGCGAAAGCCCCGGUCACGUCUACACCGUUGGAGAGGGUGGUUUUUGAGGCGUUGCACUUUGCUAUAGGAAACGGGCACCAGAGAUGCGCCCACCUAAUAUGGUUACGGGAACGCCGCCAGUCUGAGGGUAGGUGUCUGUGUAUUGUGAUGGAACCGUCGGGGCCGGUUUUGAGGCCCGUUCAAAUCAGGGUGGAUGAGGUGGGUUGGUCAACAGGAAGGGGCAAGAAUCUGACGGAGCAAAAGUGGGAUGAAACAAGUUUGGAUGCUCGCUCCUAGACCCCCAUGGACCCACGGGCUUAUUGGACGAGAUGAGACGUGGAAAAUCGCCCGCAAAUAACAGUGCAACCCGCUGCUCCAGCCAUUCUCAGGGACCAACAACUUUCUAUAAAGGUAAAUAGGGUUAACUUACGUCAUUCUUCUCCUCGCGUUUGUCAUGCCGUUUUCAUAUCGGAAUCUAAUAGAACCAGUCCCAGCCAGCUCAUAGCAGGGCGCACGAGGGAUGCGAUAAGAAGAAGCUUUGCGAUUGGU